CUUAUAAAUGUGUUGGAUCACAAAAUUAUUGCACCGACUCAAUAGUGAAAGAAGCAAAGGCAUGAGCUCCAGCAGCAAUACUUCCGACCUCCGCUCAAUCGCCGAAAGACUACGCCGCCACGACGACACCAAUUAUUCACGAAUUGCCGGCGAAUUGGGGACUAAUCGAGCUGCAGUUUUGAUCUGCUUGUUCCAAGGAAAAGGCGGCCAUCUUCGCGUCAUACUCACCCAGAGAUCUUCAACCAUCUCCUCUCACUCCGGUGAAGUUGCUUUGCCCGGCGGCAAGUGGGAAGAAGGCGACGACACCCACGCCGCCACCGCUCUCAGAGAGGCCAACGAAGAAAUCGGAUUGGACCCUUCCACUGUCGAAAUUCUCUCCAUUCUCCCCCCCUUCUACACCAAGCGCCAUAUUACUGUAUUUCCAGUGAUCGGAAUAGUUUGGGAUAUCAGCAGCUUCUCCCCUGUCCUUAAUGCCUCCGAGGUGGAAUCAGUAUUCGAUGUUCCACUAGAGAUGUUUCUCAAGAAUGAAAAACGAAGAGAGGAGAAGAUAGAGCUGAUGGGAGAAAGGUUUUUGGUGCACUACUUCGAUUACCAAACGGAAAAGAGAUGUUACACAAUAUGGGCUCUGACUGCCUCAAUUUUAAUCAAAGCUGCAUCAAUUAUCUAUCAACGACCCCCUGCCUUUCAAGAGCAUAAGCCCACGUUCUGGGGCAGAAGUCGUCAUUGAAAUACCAUUAUUGUUGAUUGUUGUUUGUAAUUCUAAACUAAUGGAAGAUUAAGUUCAUUUCAAAAUUA